CAUGUUAUAUGAAUAGUUUUAUUUAAGCCCUAUUUAUGAGUAAAGAAAUGAGAUAUAGAAUUUUAAAUAUAAAUUUAAAUGAAAUUAUGACUUUAAAUAAUAACAAUUCUCUUUAAUUUAGAGAAAAAUACGCCUGCAUUUUUUAAUUGUAAAAAUUAUUUGUUCUUAUGCUUAAAAGUAAAAGAGAAUAUGUUAAUCCUAAAUUUUUUAAAGAUAUUUUACCAGAUUAUUUUAGAUUUUCUUUUGCAUAACAUGAUGCUUCUGAGUUUGGAAGAAUUUUUUUAGAUUAACUUGAAGUUUCUAUAAAAGAUACCCAAGACAAAGGUAUUUCGACUGAUGCUGGACAUUAUUAUUCUUAUGCUUUAGAAAAAGAUAAUUAGUGGAUAAAAUUUGAUGAUGCUUGCAUUUCAGAAGAAAAAGAAAAUAUAAAUAAAAUACUAAAUGAAUAUGAAAAUAAUUCAAUAACUCCUUAUUUAUUAUUUUAUUAAAAUGUCUAACAUGUAAAAAGUUUUUAAGAAAAUUUUGCUGAAUUUAAACUAAAAGAAAGGCUACUUAUGCUAGUUGAAAAUGAUGAAAAAGAGUUCAUGAAAGAAAUUGAAGCUGGGAAUAAAGCUUUUAGUGCUUUAAAUACUUUAUAAGUCCAUAAUAUUUUCACUAAAAAUAAUAAUUUCAAUAAAAAAGACGAUGAGGAUAAUAACGGAAAUGGUGGUGGUUUUGGAGGAUUUAAUUAGAAUUUUAAUAAUGCGAUUUUUUGA